AUGGAUUCUAUGAAGAUCACCCUCGCCGUGAACAGGUCGCGCAACCGCGUGCUAUUCGCGGACGCUGGCUCCGACUUCGUCGACGUCCUCCUCAGCUUCCUCACGCUGCCGCUCUCCGCCCUCCAGUUCUGCGCUACAUCAUCGCCAGGCUGCCUCUCCAACCUCACAGACAGCGUCGGCCGACUCAGGGGCAGUAAGCUGCUGAAGGUUGAGGCUUGCCAUGAUAUGCUUCUCACGCCCCCGGCCACACAUGAGCAUUGGUAUGCCACUAUACAUGAUCUACCGAGCCUAUAUGUAGACGGUAGAUCUUGCAGGUGUUGGGAAAUCAUGGCUAGACUCGUGCAUGUCUACAACACAUCGAUCUCUGGGUCUGGGACGUUUGUGAGAUGUAAGGAAAGGUUUGUGAUCAGCGAUGACUGGACGAUCAGGCCGGCAUCCACAAGCACAAUGCAGUCGCUGUCUCAUAACAUUUUCUAUGGUUUUGAGGAGGUAGAAGUGUGCGUCGGCUGGCCGGAGGUUGUAUCCAUUCUGAAGGCUUCUCUUUCGUCAGAUACCAUAUUCACUGACGUGUUUCUACCCAACGGUACUGAUGGUCAUGUCUCUGUAAUUCGAAGAACCCGUCAGAAAGUUCUGCAACGAUCCUGUACAGAAUCUUGUUCUGGUUCUUUACCGGAAUGCACGGUCAAGCUCUUCUACGACAGGCGGGAGAAGAAGAUCAUGUAUGCUGAAUGCAAGCGUGAGUUCGUGGAUCUACUCAUUGGUUUCUUGACUUACCCAUUGAGCUGUGUGAUCAAGAACACGGAUACACAGAGUGCCGGAGCUGCCGCUUGUCUUCUCGGCUGCAGCUUCGGCAACCUGUACACCAGCGCCGCCGCUCUCGAUGCAGCUGGAUUCAUGGGACCUGGGUCGAUCACCAGAUUCAUAUCCAUAGAGAUGUUGUUGAAUCCGUCCCUUGGCCCGUUCAGCAAUAGUUGCUCUCUUCAGAGAGGAGCAGCUGUGGAACUGCGACCAGAAGAGCCCUACAUGAGUCUGGCACCCUACACGUAUUGCCGGUCCUUCAUAUGCAAGAGCUGCUACCAUGACCUUGUCGAAGACCGCAAGUACGUCGUAGGUGACGAUCUGCUCGUGCAUCAGGCUUCUGCCAUGUCUGUGGCGAAGCACUGGUACAUGAGGGACAAAGCCAAUGUGGUGGAGAUGGACGUCACCGUCCAGAAACCAGAGGCUAUUGCCCUCCUGCGAGCCAUGCUUACCUCCAAGACGGCGCUCACUGACGUUUUCAUUGGCAGCCUGGAGGAACCACCUGCGGUGACAAGUGAAACUGGGCUGGUGAUUUGA